AUAUUUGAAUUGAUCCACAGGUGUACUAGAGCAACCAUAGCAAUGUUCUGAGGGGCGUCAAACGAACACCUCACACAACAAAACUACAGUGGGACAGUGAGGAAAAACUGCAACAGAGAACCGUCCUAUGAGAAAGGUAAAACCCAGUCAAUAACUUACCCAAUUUGCCUUACACAAGAUGACAUGUGUUAGGUAUAUAUAUAUAUAUAUAUAUUCAUGCAUACUAAACAUACUAAUUAUAAUAAUUGUUCUAGAUUACUUUCUCCCCUCCUAUCUUUGAUUGUUUAUAUAUUUGAUCAAUUAACAUUUCCCCCUACCAAUCUUUCAAUCUAUUCUCCAGAGAAGGAGAAAGAUGGGCAGGAUGAAUCAAACCAAAAGCCCUACCAAAUGUGUAAAUAAAUUGAUUACUAAUCUACGUAAAAUGUAUGCCUUAACCCCAUAGAUAAAAGGUUUAAUAUUUGUCAUUACACAGGUAAAAGAACAACUAUACUUAAUUGUAAAAACUGAAUUAUACAGUUUUUAGAAAGUCUUUUAAAUUCCAUACAGCAUUACACGCUGCUUAAUAUAUUGCUUUCUAGCUAAAUAAAAAGCAGAUAGAAGAGCGAGAAUGUAAUCUGACAUUAAAACAUAAACAGGGACAUUUACAAAAAUGUAAAUUUGAAGUGUGGUUUAGGCCAAAAGAGUUCAGUUGGAACAAUUCUACUAGUCAGGUUAUUUUGACCCAAUAUUUCAUAAUGCCUUUGAAUUUUUGACAUGUCACAUGACAAUGAAUAGAUACAAUGUAAACGCUAUAUACAGAGGGUGAUGACAUUGACAAAUGUUCACAUAUAUGGUUGUUUUUGCUCAUUGUACGGCAUUGCAUUUCUCUGUACCACAUCCAUCAGAUACUUUAUAGACAAUUGUAUAAUACAUAAUGAUAAUAGAAUUGUAAAACCCCACAGACAUACAGAAUAAAACACAUGCAGAGAUCAUUCACAAAUGUGAGAAUUAUACGGAAUUCAAGUAAAUUUCAACUUUUGGGUCAAAAUAGACAAACUGAAAAAUUAGCUGACUCUGGAACUUUUUACACGUUGGUUAUGUUGGCCUAAAAUUAAUAAACUCACACAUUAUAAUUCACACUUUAAUGUAUACCCCUGCUCCUGCUAGAGAAUGACUUUGCCAGUGCAAUGCAAAACUGCAAAUAUAUAAAGGUAUUAUACGUACAAAAUAUGGACUAUGAAAGAAGCGCAGAUGCACAUCUCUUUUUGUUUGUAUCAUAGGAGUGGGCUAUUUACAAGAGUAAACAAUAGAUGGACAGGAAAGUGUAUGUAAAGGAGAGUGCGCAAUAUGAUCAGUAUCUAAACAUUACAUGUUAAUUUUGGUGGUGAAUUAUCAUGGUGAAAACAGAUCUACUAACUGCUUAACCCUUUGUGUCUGUCUCUGUGUGUGUGUAUAUAUAUAUCCACUUACACAAGUGUGGUGCAAACACAUCCCAUCUAUGAUUUACAGUUGCAGAAUAAUAACAUUGCAAAAUAAAAUAUGAAGUUUGAUAAGAAGAUAUGCAGUGGUUACAGGGACAUGCGAGUUGAUUAACAGCAGGUAUAGCACACAGAUAGAGGAGAAUGUAACUCAGUGCAUUUACCUAGCUUGCUCCUGUAUAUUCAUGUACAAAAUUUUACUAUCUCACCCCCUCAGUGAAACAUAGGUUGCAAAUGGUUGGAUGAUAGAUUACAUUUGGAAUGGUUGCACAAUAACUGCGUUGGCUGGCAGAUAGACGUGAUAGCUGCAGUUGCAUUUAAACACCGUAGUAUGGUGGAUGCAUUGACUGGCAGAUAGACAUGGAGGCUGCGAUGGUUGCUGUACUAGCAGGCAAGAAGAUUGGCACAGUAGCCCAGUAGUUACACUCGUGGCAGACAUAGUCAAAUUCAUUGACAGGCCAUUUACUCUUGUUUAAGUACAUUCUCAAUAAGGGAGAUAAUUGGGCUUUGCAGACUAAAGAGAGAGCACAGAACCAUGGCGAAAAGGAAGGGGACAUUAUGAGGAAGUGUAAUGAGGGAACGUAUGAUAAAGUCUCAAAUGGUUUUGUGGGAAGAAAGUCUGAUGCAAUGGAAAUAGGGGAGGAGUCUGUGGUGAAAUGCAAUGGAACAUCCUUGGAACUAUCACUAGGGCUAGCAUAAAUACACUAAGGAGGAACAUUAAUAACUUUAAAUUAUAAAAACCAACAAGAUUCUCUGUAAUAAAGAAGCAUGAGGAAAGAUAAUAAGUGGAAAAACACAAAGUGAAACUUACCAAAGUGUGAUUUCUCAUCAGUUUAAACUCGUAUGUUGCUCAUUCAUCAGUUUUACAGUUUAACAGGAGUUUUCACAGGUACAUGUUUUUUAAAUGACUUAAUGAGAUAUUAAAAACAGAUUGUAAGGGGCGGAGCUUGUCACCACACAGGAGCGGACACCAUUGCUCUGAGCUCCGACACUUUGCCACACAAUCUGCCUAAACCAGAGAGCAUCCUGCUCAAUCACCGGCUACAAAAGAUUGCAGAUGCCCUACUUUUCAACAACGGGCACAAAAACCCAAACUUGAGGCCCUAAGGCUUGCUGCAGGAACUUACUGAAAGACCCGGACAGUGGAAUACACAGGAGUGCCCAGGUCUAAGUGAGGAAGGUGAUAUGGGGCGCAGGUCGCAAAAGCAGCCCAUACAAAGCUGAAAUUACAGCGGGACAUCAGCCACAUGCUGCUAGCUCCCCCCACACAACAGGCCCCGCCACCCCGCUCAGCCUCCCCAGCAUCCUCGGUAGACGAGGACCACCUAGGCAGCCCCCCACCAGUUCUCACCCGGUGCUGACACACUCAGCAGGAGACCACAGCCAGGCCUCUAAAAGGGACAUACAAAAUAUGCUCGCAGACCUGCAGCAAAAUUUGAAGCAGAUGUGGGAGGCUGACCUAGAUAUUUUAACCACCACAGUACAGGCUGUGGCAGCACGCACACAGGCUACGGAGACAGGACUUGCAGACCUAAAACAUCUUGCUCUAGGCGAAACAGUUAAACAGCUACAAACAGCACAGGCCACAAUGGCCACACAACUCAAUGUCAUGGAUGAUAGGGUCAGGAGAAAGAACUUAAAAAUUAGAGGGGUGCCUGAGACGCUACCUCUGGAAGAAAUUUCAUUAUACGUCUGGUGGGAACAGUCCUACCGGCCAGGCAGGCCAAACAGUUCUUAUUCGACUGAGUAUACAGAAUCGCCAAGUCAUCGGAGGACCCCUACUUCAGCACCACGUGACCUCAUCUUACGCUGUUGCACAAUGACAGACAACUUGGGAUACUGGCUGCAUUUCAAGGGAAGACUCCAUAUGACUUUGAGACAUGCCAACUAUCCCUCUUCCAGGACUUAAGUAGAGACACAUUCCUAUGGCGUAAAACAAUGCGACCACUCAGCGCACAACUACAGGAAGCAGGGAUUACCUACAGGUGGGCGACCCUUCUGGGUCUCCAAGGAGGGACAGAACUACAAGGCCUCAGACCCCAAGGAAGGCCCAGCCCUGUUGGCUACAUUGGGACUGUCUAACCAACCCUCGGCCGUAACCCCUUGCCCUUAACCACAGAACACGGAGGGCAUAGAUGUCUCCCCACCCAGAGGGAAACGAGGUGCCACGACUUGACUACAAGCUCACCGCUACUAUAUUUUGUUUAUCUGUUGGGACACUUUAUGUUAUUCAAAUGGUUUGAUUUUAUUCUCUUCUCAAGUAUCUCUAGUUCUGCCAGCCUCUUGUGGGUCAGCUAACACAGCCUAACACAUGGUCAAUAGGACGUGAGUGAGGCGUCCAGAGAACACAUCUCUGUGCUCCGGUGCGCUACCCAUCCUCCCCCAUCCACUACCCACCCUCUAGACACAGAUGGUCAACCACUCUCAAACUACAGGGUGCAAAGUACAGAAAUACCACAGUUGAAUAGCCAGUCAUAAGUACCGAGGCCAACCCCGCUAGACCCUUUGACUAUCUAGCCUUACCAACACCAGACCCCAGCAGCGUUGUCGGUGACCUCUCAGUAGUGUUUCUCACUCUCAAUAAUGAUUCCCCACUUCUCGUUACCACCUCUCAGACCGACCAAAACACAUAAAAGGGUGCAAACUGUAUUUCUCUAUACCUAAAUAUGUACCAAGUUGUAAUGUUGACCUCUUUGUCAUAGCUGUUGUGGCAAUUCAAGGUACAAGUUUUAAUCCUUGCACUGAAAAUAAAGAAUAAAAAAACCAAAAACAGAUUGCAAGAAAAACGGAAUGGAAUCAGUGGUGGGAGAAUUGUGUGUAGGGGUUAAAUAAACUUGCAAUCUACAAAUGACAGGCUUACUCUGCAUAUGCAGAUAUACAAACAAAAGUUUAACACAUAUAUAACUCAAAAGAAAAUUCAAAGUGAAUUUCAAAUAUAAAGCCUAAGUAGCCAUACUGAAAGCACAGAUGACCUAGAAUUGUUUUUUGUUUUUUUUGUUUACUUCAAUGAGUUUAAUUCUAACUUUGAAAUUCACUCUGAAUUCAUAUUGAAUUCUCACUUUGGUGAAUAACCCUGACAGUUUCAGUGCCUUACAGGCCAAUAACAUGUCACACUGUCAUCACAAGCAGGAUCAUAAACCCCAUACCAACAACACUGUGCUUUUUGCCAUCAGUAGCUCUGCAAAGCCCUGUCAUCACUAGAACAGUGGAGUACCAAAUAUUGGAAUUGGGUCAUUGAGGACCAGAUUGUUAUGAUGACAGUGGCGUACACAGCGUGGUGCCACUCCAGGGGCCCGGCCGCCCUGCGGACCCCUGCGACCGGAUGCCCGCCGCCAUGUGUUGCGGUCCCGGUCGCACAAUAUAAUUGCCAGGCCGCAGGUGAAUGGGCCCAUCGGGUGGCCCAUGCUCUUAGGGCCACCCGAUUUAAAUUAAUAUCUUCAUCAGAGUGGGCCAGGUAACAGGGCGGACCUGAUGAUGUCAGACACUGGGAGGACGUGACUGCCACGGUCACUCCUCCCAGCAACCAACAGGAGCCACGCGGGAGGAAGCAGCGGGAGUCAGAGUGGGAACUCUGACUCCCAUCAACCUGAGCCACUGGACCCCAAGGAAGUCACCCUCCUGCACCUAAAAGGUAGGUAAUAGGAGGGUAACUAAAAUAAUUUGCAUGUGUGUGUUAGUGUAUGUAUCUGUGUGUGUGUGUGUGUGUGUGUGUGUGUGCGUCUCUGUGUGUGUCUAUGUAUGUGUCUGUAUGUAUUUGUGUGUGUCUGUAUGUAUGUAUGUGUAUGUCUAUGUAUGUGUUUGUUUGUAUAUGUGUGUGUCUCUGUGUCUGUCUGUAUGUAUGUGUGUGUCUCUAUAUGUAUGUCUAUGUAUGUGUCUGUAUUUAUCUGUGUGUGUGUGUAUGUGUCUGUCUGUAUGUAUGUAUGUGUGUGUGUGUGUGUCUCUGUAUGUAUGUGUCUAUGUAUGUGUGCUUGUGUGUGUGUGUAUGUAUGUAUCUGUGUGUAUGUAUGUGUGUGUCUCUGUGUAUGUGUCUGUAUGUAUGUGUCUGUGUGUGUAUGUGUGUCUCUGUAUGUAUGUGUCUGUGUGUGUCUAUGUAUGUGUAUGUAUGUGUGUGUCUGUGUGUCUCUGUGUGUCUGUAUGUAUGUGUGUCUGUAUGUAUGUGUAUCUGUCUGUCUGUGUGUCUGUAUGUGGCGGUGGGGGGGUUAUGAGGGAGCCCCAUGGAUCAGUUUUGCACCGGGGCCCCAUGUAUUGUGUGUGUACGCCACUGUAUGAUGACAAAGACUGCUGUGUAACAUUACCUGGAAGGAAGGUGUAUACAUGCACAUACAUAUGUAUUGUGGCCUGAUCUAUGUUGCACUAUGCUUAUAAAUACAAUCUGAAGAUAUUUUUACAUCUAUUCUGAUAUCACUGGGAUGAAAGAUUGACAUUUAAGAAAUUCUCCAGUUUUGUUCUGUUAAUUUCUUAGAACUGAAACUAGAAAAAUGAAGGGAUCAAAUUGACUUCUUUUUAAUGUGCACUCCUGUUUAAUACCAGAAGACUUUAAGUUGCCUGCUGCUAUUGUUAUGCAGUGUUCAUUAUUUGUCUUUUGUUUGUAUAUAUAUACACACUUCUUACCAUAAGCUCCUAGUGUUGAAUUUUACUAAAAAAUCAGUACUGGCUCUUUUUUCCACUGCAUUCAAAACAUAUAAAUAUCUUUGUCAAUGUAUGACUGGCUGGUAAGUGAUUAAAAUGUGUAUUAUUUUUAAUUUUUAUUUCCAGCUGUCUUCUGCUGUCAGUGUACAGAGAGCAUCCUUUGAAGAAGAGAUUGUCGUUGUGAACCUAGUGUGUCUGAAAAACAAGUGGACAGCUACCCACGAUGUCCCACAGCAGUUACUAUGAGUGUGAAAAGCGUGGUCAGAGUUCAGGAUAUCCUUCUCGCUUGGCGGGAAACCAAACAGAAAUGGGGGGCCCUCUCUGUGACCAUGAGACCUCUGUGGAUUUGUCCACGUAUAUUGACACAGGAGAGGAACUGUUGUCUGAUCUGUUUCCUAUGAAGCAGGAAAGACUUAAAGGGACAUACUCUUACUUACCUCCUGAGGGAAUACCCUCAGCUGCCCUGUAUGGAUACCCCCCUAGCAUGGCCCAGGAGCGCAGGUUAGGAGGGUAUGAAUCUGGAGGGGUGAUCGUAAAGGAAGAAUCACGUGGACCGCAUAGGGGUGUGUGUAACACUCUGCAAUACCAAGCCGCUCAGUGUGGGCAGACAGCGAUGCAUCUUCCUCCACCCAUGGAAGGAGUGCACUCUGCAAUAAGAGUACUAAAGGUGAGGAAAGGUUAUCUACACAUAUUAGUGAUAUUGCAGAAGGUCUUGAUGGUAAGGUAUGUCUUUUUGCUGAUGAUACUAAGAUAUGUAACAGGGUUGAUGUUCCAGGAGGGAUAAGCCAAAUGACAAAUGAUUUAGGUAAACUAAAAAAAUGGUCAGAAUUGUGGCAACUGACUUUUAAUGUGGAUAAGUGCAAGAUAAUGCAUCUUGGACGUAAAAGGGCAGAGUACAGAAUAUUUGAUAGAGUCCUAACCUCAACAUCUGAGGAAAGGGAUUUCGGGGUGAUUAUUUCUGAUGACUUAAAGGUAGGCAGACAAUGUAAUAGAGCAACAGAAAAAGGUUGCAGAAUGCUUGGUUGUAUAGGGAGAGGUAUUAGCAGUAGAAAGAGGGAAGUGCUCAUGUCAUUGUACAGAACACUGGUGAGACCUCACUUGGAGUAUUGUACGCAGUACUGGAGACCGUAUCUUCAGUAUUGAUACUUUAGAGAGAGUUCAGAGAAGGGCUACUAAACUGGUUCAUGGAUUGCAGGAUAAAACUUACCAGGAAAGGUUAAAGGAUCUUAACAUGUAUAGCUUGGAGGAAAGACGAGAAAGGGGGGAUAUGAUAGAAACGUUUAAAUACAUAAAGGGAAUCAACACAGCAAAGGAGGAGACCAUAUUUAAAAGAAGAAAAACUACGACAAGAAGAGGACAUAGUCUUAAAUUAGAGGGGCAAAGGUUUAAAAAUAAUUUCAGGAAGUGUUACUUUACUGAGAGGGUAGUGGAUGCAUGGAAUAGCCUUCCAGCUGAAGUAGUAGAGGUUAACACAGUAAAGGAGUUUAAACAUGCGUGGGAUAGGCAUAAGGCUAUAGGAUAAGGCUAGGGACUAAUGAAAGUAUUUAGAAAAUUGGGCAGACUAGAUGGGCGGAAUGAUUCUUAUCUGCCGUCACAUUCUAUGUUUCUAUGUUUCUACACUCAGCCAGUGUUAGAAAACACGUCUCAUUAUCUCCAGUCCUUCUUGCUCCUUAAACAACAUUACUAUUAAGAUACAGUUGCUAAUGCACAGCACUAUAGGAAUCCUUGUAGACAUACAUAGUGCAUAGUAUAACUAUUCUAUGAGAAUAUUAGGCAUGUUUUUGAUUAUAAUGUAUGGGUUAUAUAAUUAAUUACAUUGGGGUAGGUGAACAACUGGUAGAAAAACAUGAUUCACUUCAGAUGUCAUAAUCAUAGGUCUUUGUAAAUAUAUUAUGUGAGUGACGCCUUAUUUACCAGUCAUUUCAAAAUUAUUAUAACAAAGAUGAUUUAGUGAUGGUGAAAUUAAGCAAACUGUAAUUUAGUUUUAUUUUGAACAAUUUUCCAUCAAAAAAGUCUAAUUUUACCCAUUUGGCAAUGUCAGUGCAAUACCUUUGAAGACUUGCCAAAAAUAUAUCCAUAUACCCACCUUCAAUAUAACCAUAUACAAGCAAUAUGGCAAGAACUAAUCCCACCUAGGUGCUAGAUAUUGUCUUCAUGACUUGACCAUGAAUCUAGGAAAAUAGUUGAGCAGGCUAACGCUGUACAUUGUGUAAAUAUUAAAUUAGAUCUUUAUACAGGCCAAGAGCAUACAAUGAUUUGGCCUUAAUGACCUCAGUCUGAACAUAUACCUAACCAUACAUCUGCCAUCUCACACCACCUCUCUUUUUAAACUUUUCCAUCUUGCCUCUUCUUUCAGUGUCUUGUUUCACCCUAACUUGCCACUUUCCUUUUCCCAGGGUACUCUGCCUGGGAUGUUAUCCGCUCCACCUCUGAAGGACCCAUCUUCUAAAGGAAAGAAGUGCUUGAGCAAGGACAGCAUCGAGUACCGCCUGCGCCGUGAGAGAAAUAACAUUGCUGUGCGCAAGAGCCGUGACAAAGCCAAACGCAGAAACAUAGAAACUCAACAACGUGCGCUGGAAUUCAUGGCAGAGAAUGAGAAACUGCGCAUUCGUGUCCAGCAGCUGACUCAGGAGCUGGAUGCGUUAAAGGGAGUUUUUAGGCAGCUACCUGAAGCAGCAUCUCUUGGCAAGGGAUCUGGUGGAUGUAGCUGAGACUCAAAAAUUAGAAAGUACUUUCAAGAAAGACUAUUAAUCACGUGUUAGUAUGGAUAGUCCCAAUUCAAAGGGUUCUGGGGGAAACUUAUUAAUUACAGGAUGCAGGGGUGGAAACAGAAUGUGAUCUCACUAAAUAGCUUUAAGCUAAGCACAGUGUCUAUUCACUGCAAGUUAAUGUAGAGGUUUUCAGUAUUUAAUAGAGGUAAUUACUACCACUUGAAAAAAGAAAUGAAAUAAAAGACUAUGGUGAUAGGGGCUAUUUAUACUAUCAGACUAAGUGCAAAGAAUAAAUAUGUGUACAUUUUAGAGAUAAUAUUGUGCAUUUCAGUAUUAAAAACUGGGAUCAUUUCUCCUUUCUGCUGUCAUUCACAGAGUACUUUGUGUUUAAAAAGUUGUAAACCUAGCCAAAGGCAUAGAGGGAUACUGGUUGUAACUUGGCAGAAACAAAAAGAUAUUUAAACGAAUAAGUAUUUGUAUAAGUGUGUAAUAGCUGUAUUACAAGGAAAAUCCCCAUUUGAUGUAGAACUACGGCUGCCAUGAUGUUGUGCCAGCCUUUAGAAUGUCAAUGCAUCAUGAAAUUUGCAGUUCUAUAACGUCUUGGAUUCUAUAUUUUGCACACUCCUGCAUUGUAAAAAAUCUUUUAGCCACUCCUAUCUAAGCAAUCUAUAUAAAAAUGCUCAGGUGUUGUGUAGAAUGUUUACCUAGAAGAUUCUAUUAUUAGUAAUAAACAUAUAAUACAGCAGUUUUCCGAGAAGUGUACCUAAAUUACUUGGCAUCCAGGGCAAAUAUGUAUGUUGGCAUCCUCUCUGAAUUGUAAGAUUACUUCUUGUGUAUCUCUUAAGCCCCCUUACCUCUUGCAUAUCUUAAGGAAACAUUUCGGGCACCAAAACCACGACAAUGUUCUGUAGUGGUUAUGGUGCUAAGAGUGCCCCUGUGCCCUAUGUAAAUAGUCAAAGCAUUUUAGAUUAAAUUCAUAUCUUAUCUGGGGUCAUGGGGCACGACUUAGCACACUGGUGUUGCAAGACUUAGCACAAUGGAGAUCAACUGAUGCUUUUAGCCACUGAGCUAGCUCUACUCAGACUACUUGCAUUGGGGGGGACAUGGUACUCCUUGUACCAUAACUACUUAAACUGUAGUUGUUAUGGUGCAUAGAGUGAUCUGUUAAGGUUGAACCGUUAGCCCCAUAAUACAUCCAACAGGUGUUGGAUACAAAGAGUACCAAGCAGGAUGGGGGUGCUUAGUGCAUCUCUGUCUGUCACUUUGAGUGGACUGCAUUAUGGUUGGUAUGCUACUGGCAAUUUUUUUCCAAUGGAUGCAAGUUUCUCAGAGUUAAGUUUAUCUCUUGUAAUAGAAUUCAGUCAUUAGUACCAAAUAAUAUCUGUCUUCACUUAACCAUUCUAAUACAUGUUUAAACUUGUAAAAAGGCCAAGUAGGAAUCUGUGAAGUAUGCAGUUAAGAUUAAAAAAUAAAGUUAAAUGUUUGGUUACAAUAUUUGUUUGUGUAUUUGUUGAAUUGUGAAAUCCCCUU